AUGUCUUCAGCAGUGGCAGAACUAGAAUCUGCUCUGCAGGCCAUGUUAGGACUGAAACCCCCUGGGGUGUCUGGGAGUCGAAUAGCAAGUCUAACUGCUCUAUGUCAUGCCAAUGUCCAGUCCGAAUCCGUACUUAUACAAAAGAUUUACACCCAUUUUAAGAAAGCUCCUGGAACGCACAAACUUGGUGUGCUCUACGUCGUAGACUCCGUAACCCGCAAGUGGACAGAACAAGCUAAGCGUGCAGGUCAAACCAUUAACAGUGCUGCUCACGAUGGAACAUACGCUGCCGGUGUCCAUAGAGUAAAGGAACUACUUCCAGUAUUGAUGAACGACAUAAUCCUCACUGCACCUAGUGAUCAAAAGGAAAAAAUAGGAAAACUCAUAGAAAUAUGGGAGAAAGGUCAAACUUUCCCCUUGUCGAUGCUUAACAACUUUUAUGAAAAAAUAAAUACCCUAGAUGGAACGACUAAAACAACAACCCCACCUGGGAGUCCACCUGCAGACCUCAGCAGUCGUUUGGGGCUAUCCAAUGCAUCCAAUACCGCUCCUACAGCUGUAUCCGACACGUCGGCAAUACUAGCUGCCCUUGCUAAUAUGGCUCGCCAGAGCACGGCGGGACCGACUACCACUCCUCAGUACCAAUCUCAGGAUGCUCCAUUCAAUUUACCAAACGCACAGAAUAUUCCCUCCGCUCAGCAAAGUGCAAGUUCGAAUCAUAAUUUCCUCACGCCGUUUCAAACACCUUUAACUGCUCCUGUACCAGCAACCAGCUACACACCACAACUAAACGGACCGAGCAAUAACACUCCAACCUUUAGCGCUCAAACGAAUACAUUUGGUAACAUUCAGCCAGUUCCUCAAACAAUAUCUCCGCCAGUUCCUCAGCCAAUAGCACCUGCAGCUGGACUUGAUCCAUCCGUCCAACAACAGCUAUUAUUAAUUAAAGCUUUAUCAGAUCAAGGUUUCUCCCCAGAUAAAAUUGCGGGAAUUAUAGCUGCUGUUGGUAAUGGGGGCUCAAUACCGUCAUCACAAGCCUUUAUUGGCCAAAAUCAAAACCCUGUCAGUCAAAACGGGCAGAAUGUAUGGGCUACCAAGCCUGAAGAUUCUCGCGAAAGAGAUAAUUUUGAGGCUGCGAGAUCACCUCAUCGAAUUCGUAGACGGUCACGUUCGCGAUCUCCAGCAGGGUGGAAUACCCGGGACUCCCCUAUACGUCGUCGGGAUGAACCGUCAGCCGAACAUGAGAGAGGCUCUCCAUUGCCGCGGGCUGAUGAUCGUAACCGGGGACGCUCUCGCGCCACUGAGUAUAGACAAAGAAGCCCUCAACACCUAGCUCAUAGUCUUUCUCCAACAAACCAAAGUAACACUAUAAAUAAAUGGGUUAGCCACGAUAGUACUAUUCCGAAGGGAAGUAUCAAAGUUCUUAGUAGGACUUUGUUUGUUGGUGGUGUAACAGGCACCGAACAAGAAUUAAGGCAGUUAUUUUCACGUUAUGGCCAUGUGCAAACAUGUGUUGUCAACCGCGAUAAACGACAUGCAUUCGUUAAAAUGGUUAGCAGGGCUGAUGCUGUAACCGCUAAAGACUCAAUGGAAAAGACACGGAUUCCUGAGUCAUCGCUUAGAACACGAUGGGGAGUUGGAUUUGGGCCUCGCGACUGUAGUGAUUAUGCAACGGGCGUGAGCAUUAUACCUAUAAGUAAACUCACAGAUGCCGAUCGAAAAUGGAUGCUCAGCGCCGAGUAUGGCGGCAGUGGAGGGGCGGCUAUCGAGAGUGGUAUGGUUGUUGAAGAGCCAGACAUAGAGAUAGGUCAAGGUGUCUCUUCCAAGGCUAUAAGUCGACGCAUGCAGACUGACAGAGGUGGAAACAACGGACCCAAAUCUAGCCGUGAUCGCGAUAACACUGAACAGCGUCGAAAUGGUAGAGAGCCUGGAAAAGAUGAAUUUGGUCGAGAUCUACGCGAUGAUGAGCGUAAAGAUAGGUUACCAUCUAUUAGUGGUCCUCCCUCAAUGCCAGCUGUCCCACCAUUCGGGAUGCUGCCUCCUGGGUUCCCUUUCUCUCUUCCAACUCAACCUACUGGUAUGCCUAUGUAUCCUCCAGGCUACAAUUUUCUCGGCCAACAAUCAGCACCUACACAGCCACCGCCGCCAGGCCGAAACUAA